CACUUCCGGUGCAGUUCGGGAUGUGGCGUUCGUGACGUCAUUUGGACCGCGUUGGAAGCGCUGCCGGGGCUGAGCGUGACGUGGCAGAGAGACGAGUAUCCGCCGGGCACCAGAGCAAGAGCAGCACAGCGGCCGCCGAGCACCGACCAUGGGCCUCACCAUCUCCUCGCUCUUCUCCCGGCUGUUCGGCAAGAAACAGAUGCGAAUCUUGAUGGUUGGUCUUGAUGCUGCCGGUAAAACAACAAUCCUGUACAAGCUGAAGUUGGGAGAGAUUGUCACAACCAUCCCCACCAUUGGUUUUAAUGUGGAAACUGUAGAAUACAAAAAUAUCUGUUUCACCGUCUGGGAUGUUGGUGGCCAGGACAAAAUCAGACCCCUUUGGAGGCAUUAUUUCCAGAAUACACAGGGCCUCAUUUUUGUUGUAGACAGUAAUGACAGAGAGCGAAUUCAGGAAGCCGCUGAGGAGUUACAGAAGAUGCUCCAAGAAGAUGAACUGAGGGAUGCUGUGUUGCUGGUGUUUGCCAACAAACAAGAUUUGCCCAACGCGAUGGCCAUCAGUGAGAUGACAGACAAGCUGACUCUUCAGACUCUCCGCAACAGGAUUUGGUACGUGCAAGCAACAUGUGCAACUCAGGGCACCGGUCUGUAUGAAGGACUGGACUGGCUAUCAAAUGAGCUCUCCAAGCGUUAGGGAGGAGCGGCGUUCAGCAGAGGACACAAUGAAUAGAAGUGGUCUAGGCGCGUAACAUCCAAACUAGUUCUAAAAUGGUAUAAAGAAAUGGAAUGGGGGCAGCAAACACUCUAAAGUUUCCAGAUUCUUUUGUUGCUGGUUAUUUUACUGAGUUUUCAUAUUGCUUUCAGAGCAAUGUGGUUAGACAUAAAGCAGAAAAUAAUAAAUUCUCCCUAUGUGAAAGUGUUUUCUGGUUUUACUUAUCCCUUACAUGCCUGGAAAUAAUUAUUGUGAUGCUAUAGAUUUGACUGCUUCCCCCCUCCCCUUGUAAUGCCCCCUUCUCCCUCCAGACAAACACAAUGUCAUUCCCAAGUUGGUUGCAGCUCUCCUAUGUAAAGUCGAGCUGUUUUAUUGCACACUUUGCAGAAUUAUUGCUUUACUGAUGUUUUUGAAGAACUGUCCCCCCAUCUUCUACUCCCACGUGUCAUUCCUAAGACUUUCUGCUGAAGUAAAACGUAGCAUUCCAUAUCUAUUUAUUUUUCAUCCAUGCCAAAAGAUUUUUUUAGUAACUAUUUGCCCUUAUCAGCCGAAAUCAAAACACUAUUCAGAUCGACACCAAUUCUCACUUCUUUUAACCAUGUGUUAGCCAAGACUAACUUUGCUUUUGCAAUGAGGGUUGGUGACACAGGCCUUUGCUGAAGCAAGAUUGCAAUAAUGCCUUUUGCUGAGAGAGCUUGCAGCAAAGGAGCCCUGGCUUGUUUUAUUUCUCAGCAGAUUGUCUCAGUUUAGGGUUUUGUUUUUUGUUUGUUUUAUGUUGCUUUCGGCUUGACUGUUUUUGCCCAUUGUAUCAUAGUUCUGCUGAUGUUUUAUUGUUUAUUGGUGAACAUAUCUUCAUGAUGCAAGAUUUUUUUUUUGUUUUGGAAUUCCUCAAUCUGAACAAUUGACGUUUUCUUCAUACCCCACUAAAAAUUAUUCCUAAUAAAAUAACAAAAAAAAGCU